UAAUGGCAGAGAACAAUAAAGAUUUAAAAUAACUCAAGAUUAAAACAGCUGCUCUUAAAAGAAUUCAAAAAGAAUUUUUUGGUUAUUAAAAGGAAGAGUUGAAAUAAAAUGAAAGAAUCUAAAAGCUUAAGGACUAAAAUGCUGAUGAAGCAGAUAUCAAAAAACAAGUUCAAAUUUUAUUUUUACAUAUUUUAGGAAGAAGUUCUAUAAGAAACAGUAUAAAUGUAUCCAAAUAUUAUUGGAAGACUUGUUGAAUCUGUGAAUGAACUCUAAGUUUGGCUAGUAAAAUUCUUAUGAAAUAUAAUUAGGAUGGAAAAAUUAAUGAUCCAUUAAUUGAUACUAGUGAAGAAAAGACAAAAGCAUUAGAGACAAUAGUUGAGGCCUAAGAGUUUUUGAAAGCAAAUAACCCAGCUUAAUGAUU